AUGGCACUAAGACUAGCCUCCACUAGACUGUUUCGUCCACUUCUUGCUCCAACCUUGAAUUCUCGAAUUCUAUUCCAAAGAUCACUAUCUGAUGAUACAAAGUCGAGAAUAGAAAAGGCUGUCAAGGCAGCAGACGUCGUAGUGUUUAUGAAGGGUACCAAGUCGGCCCCACAGUGCGGAUUUAGUCGUGCUGUGGUGCAAAUCUUGGAAUUACAAGGAGCGCCAUUCGAAUCAGUCAAUAUACUAGCUGACGAGGAAAUCAGACAGGGAAUCAAGGAAUUCACAUCAUGGCCAACCAUCCCACAAGUCUUUGUAAAGAAUGAAUUCGUUGGUGGAUGUGAUAUAUUGCUUCAAAUGCAUCAAAACGGAAGCUUGGAAGAGUUACUCAUCAAAGAAGGAGUCAUAGCGCCCCAAGAGGCCGAGACACCACCUGCAUCAACGGCAUCGCAAUAA